UCUCCUUUACACACACACACACAGUUAUUGUCAACAAAGCUGGAGAACAAGGGACGCAGGGGGAACAGGGGAAUAAAGGUUCCACAGAGGAGGAAAGUCACACACGGGACCCGUGGCAUCAUCGUUUCACCUGGACACUCGGAGGAAGGAUUGUAGGAUCGAAGGAGGGAAAGAGGAGCCAAAGGUGACAGUAAACAGGGGCGGACACGCACAGGACAGGACUCUUUUUAUUUCUCUUCAUGGUGGUUUGGACACUCGUAGUAUGUAUGAGAAGUUAACCAUGCUGAACCUGCAGAGCGGCUCAAACUGGAGCGGGCCUAACAACUGGUACCAUGACCCCACCGGCGUUCAGACACAACACAGCACAGUGUCUGAGGGCUGUCUGCUGGACACAGAGGGCAGCAUGGGGGGGGAGACAGGGGGAGGAGGAGCGGGCAGAGGUGGAGGAGUCCCCGUGGAGAGGGACGAGGGCGAGGAGUCUCAGCUGAGGCUGCAGCUCAAGAGGAAGCUGCAGAGGAACAGGACCAGCUUUACACAGGAGCAGAUCGAGGCUCUGGAAAAAGAGUUUGAAAGGACACAUUACCCAGAUGUCUUUGCGAGGGAGAGAUUGGCAAACAAGAUCGAUCUACCAGAGGCCAGGAUACAGGUGUGGUUCUCAAACCGAAGAGCCAAGUGGAGGAGGGAGGAGAAGCUGCGCAAUCAAAGGAGGUCAGGGGGUGUGACUUCCUGUUCACAGAGCCAAGCCCCUCUGACCACUUCCUUCAACACAUCCGUCUAUCAUCAGCAGCACGGCAGCAGUUCAGGGUCCAUGUUGAGUCAGGCUGAGUCGUCCCUGCCCAGCUACAGCUCCCUGUCAGUUUUCUCAUCGGGAGUCCAGUCUAUUCCUCCCCAGUCGGCCUCCUCCUACUCCUGCAUGUUACCUCCAUCUCCCUCUGCCCCACGCAGCUUUGACUCAUCGGCAUACUCCUCCCCUCAUCUGCAGACUCCGUCCUCAGCCAACUCCAACACUGUGACUGGGAUGGAGUUGGGUCUUCUGCUGUGGAUCCUUUUGACCUUAACGGGGAACACAUCAGCGGCGGAGGAGAAGUACAGUACAGCUGUGGAUUGGUUGAGCAGGUAUGGCUACCUUCCUCCUCCUGACCCGCGCACCAGUCAACUGCAGACCAAAGACGGGAUCGAGAAAGCCAUUCGAGUCAUGCAGAGAUUCGGCGGGGUCCAUGAGACUGGGGUGCUCGACACAGAAACCCUCAAACUCAUGUCUACGCCUCGAUGCUCGCUGCCUGAUAUCGUUGGGAGUGAGGACAUGCUGAGGAGGAGGAGGAGGAGGAGGAGGAGAUACGCUCUGUCCGGCCUUAAGUGGCAGAAGACAGACCUCACAUGGAGUGUCCACAGCUACCCAUCACCCUCCAUCUCCCCCAACCUGCCUGACCACGUGGUGGACCAAAUCCUGACUGACGCCUUCAAAGCCUGGAGCGACGCAGCCCCCUUGACAUUCACUCGGCAGAGUAGUGACAGGAGGGGGGCGGUGGCUCCAGGCGACAUCAGAGUGAGUUUUGCCCAGUUGCUUCACGAGGAUGGGUACCCUUUUGACGGGCAGGGCGGCACCCUGGCCCACGCCUUCUUCCCGGGCAGAGAUGACAUGGCAGGUGACACACACUUUGAUGAUCAUGAGAUCUGGAGCUAUCAAGGUGGCAGGAGAGGCACGGACUUGUUCACAGUUGCAGUGCACGAGUUUGGCCACGCGCUGGGCCUGUCCCAUUCCUCCAGCGAUCCAUCCAUCAUGAGGCCGUACUACCAGGGUCCCGUCGGAGACAUUCCCAGCUACCAGCUGCCCCUGGACGACAAGACGGCCAUCCAGCAGCUUUACGGUGUGAAAGUUAGUGUUGAUCCGGACCGCCCACGCCUGCCCAGUCCACCUCCUCCUCGAAGACCAACACAGCCUGUGAAGCCCUCAGUCAACGAGCGCUGUCAGGCAGGCUUUGACGCAGUCGCAAAUAUCAGGGGAGAGGUCUUCUUUUUCAAAGGUGCACACUUCUGGAGAAUUAGGCGGGACAGGCACAUGGUGUCCCUCAAUCCGGCUGAGAUCAAAAACUUCUGGAUGGGCCUCCCGCCUGGAACGAACAAGAUCGAUGCCGUGUAUGAGCGGAAGAGCGACAGCAGCAUUAUCUUCUUCAUCGGGUCUCAGUACUGGGUCUUCAAGGACACGGUGGCCAUGGAAGGCUACCCUCGGCCCCUCUCUGAAUGGGGCAUGAAGAGAAAGAGCGGGGCACCGGUGGACCGGGUGGAUGCAGCCUUCAUCUGGGCCCACAACGGCAAGACCUACCUGUUCAGCGGUGGGGAGUUCUGGAGGUUUGACGAGAGCCAGAAGGGCGUGCAGGUGAGGCAGCCGGAGGCGGGCUACCCUCGUGACACCAGCCUCUGGGCAGGAGUGCCCACCGACAUGGAUGACAUCAUCAGCUGGGGAGAAGGAGAUGCCUACUUCUUCAAGGACAACCUUUACUGGGUAUUGGAGAGUGGAGGACUAAACCAAGCUGUUGUCACUCCGAAAUCCAUCGCUGUAGACUGGCUCCACUGUCCGGCUCCGCCUGCAACCGCCUCUCCUCGAAACCCAAAGGGCUGCCGCUGUGACUUGAAUGACUCGUCUUCAUUUCUACAAAGCAGCUGGCUCUUCCUCAUCUCUGUUAUAUUAGUAAUUUAUUAAUUUGUUAGAAAAUAAAUACCUGAGCUUGGACGUGGUUUGAAACUAGGCUGUUUUUGUACUUUUGUACUACUGUCAAUUGUUCCACUGGACAGUAAUAACGGCUCUUUACAUUAUCAUACACUCACAGUACAUUACAACCCACAAGCUGGUUUCAAAUUACAUGCUAGCAUCAUAGCAACGUUAAUGUCUUCCUUUAGCAUAAUGAGUUUCACCUCUCCCUUAGUGUUGGGUUACAUGGAGCCUGUAUAGGAGAAUGCAUGGAAAUUUCACACAGAAAUCCAGCAAACGGGCUACUCUCUCAUACUGGGGUCUUAUACAACCACCUUAUGGGCAGUAAACAGGCCACACAAACAAAAUGAAGUGCAGUAGUCAAUUCUGUUAUCGAAGCUCAUCUUUUUCAAUUCAGAGUUUGUGCAUUUGCAUAUAAAAAUAUAUACAGCACAAACAGAAAUAUGAUUAAUUACACUUACAGACUGAGUUUUUGUUUGCACAUGUAAAUGAUUUCCUAGAGGCACAUGAUCAAGAAGAAAAAGCACCUUUUUUUUUUUUUACAAUUGAGCAAAUGCUUUUGCUUGACAGUAUUAUUGCAACAGUUCUGCAAACAGAGACUCACAAAGCAGCAGUCAAUUGUUUCCUUGUAAGAGUUCAAAGCAGAGUUCAGCAGCAGGUGAUCAGGCCGCAAACUGAGAUCUGAAAUGAUAAAAAAAAUAUGCAAAAUGGCUGCAUAGAUGUAGCUGCUGAUAAUACAAAUGCAAUCUUCUUCUUUAUAUUAUUAUUUUUGCACUGAUUUAAUAUCUAUCCUGUAACAAAAAGUGAUUUAAUUCUUGUAUUUGAUUAUUUAACCUUUGUGCAUCCCUUUAUACAAACUAUCCUUUCCUGAAAUAAAAAUGUUUUUAUUAUUUUCCACUUACGUUGAGUUUAUUUUUUUAAACCACCAUACAAACAUAAUUAAUUAUUUUCUGUUUACUAAAAGCUAGGGGGAUUUCCUGUUUUUAUUGUUUAUAUGUGAAUGAUUAGCAACAUGUUACGUCCCAGUCUAGCGGUGCCUUAACAUGAAAGGCCAUCUUCCCCAAAGCCCAAGUAGCCACCAAUUUACACGUGUAUAUAAGUUUGUUUUAUUUGGAUAUUUAUAAUGCUGUGUAGAGUGAAUGUGAUUUUCCACUUUGCUGGUGAUUUUCUAAUAUUUUUCUCAUAGAUUUUCGAGGGCACAGUUUGGGUUUUCAGCUGUCAUGUUUAGACUUGGUAACUCUUAGCUACACACCUGUGAGGACAACACACACACACACACACACACACACACUCACACAUUGUGUAGAACAAACAUUGUGAACAGCUGUUGUUAUUAGUAACUGGCCAAUAGAAUCGGUGUCGAUCACCCCAUUUUCUGUACGGGGGCAGGCUUAGCCCAAUACAAAUAAAAUGUAAACUUUUAUAGUGUUCGUGGCUCACUCUGACUGAAUUCCUGCCAGAAUGAUGUUAUUCUGAGACCAGAUCUGCAUAAUUUCACCUGUGACCAAAAAUAAAGGCCGGUUUUGAGACCUUA